CAAGCAUUCUGUAGACCAGACUCUCUCUCGUUUCCACGCCUUGACUCGUCAACCUUCCCUUGGCAAAGUUGUUUGCUUUAUAGCAGAGGUAUAUCUAACUCCGAGCUUGAAAAUUGAAAUCCCAUGCAUUAACUCAAAUCCCAAACGAUCAGUAUGGCUCUCCUAAUUUGGUCACUGCUGAUGAUGACAUAUUCACUGCUACUGCUUCCAUCAUCAUCGACAGAUUCCAGUUCAUCCUGUCAUUUCCCAGCGCUCUACAACUUUGGCGAUUCAAAUUCCGACACCGGCAGCCAAUCCGCCGUGUUCGGACGGCUUCCCCCACCCAACGGCCGGACUUUCUUCGGCAAACCCUCCGGUCGACGAUCCGACGGCCGGCUAAUCAUUGACUUCUUAGCUGAGAAGCUGGGACUGCCGUACUUGAGCUCAUUCCUCGACUCCAUCGAAUCAAACUUCACCCACGGCGCCAAUUUUGCUUCAAGUGGAGCCACCAUCCAGCCGCCCCGUGGGGAACUGCUCGACGCGGGAUUCAACCCUAUCACUCUCCGUUACCAGUUCCUGCAGUUUCAGCAGCUCAAAGAAAGGACAUUUGAGCUGCUGCAGAAACGAGGGGGAGGGAUAACUGUGAAUCGCUUGCCAGAACCAGAAGGGUUCGGAGCUGCUCUUUACACCUUGGAUUGUGGGCAGAACGACCUUGAUUUUGGUCUCAAUGAAUUGGGCGGUGAUGAGCAAGGAGCCAUUUCUUCCAUCCCUAUGCUCAUCGACUACUUUGCUUCGGCCAUAGAGAACCUGUACAGAGAAGGAGCAAGAGCGUUUUGGAUACACAAUACAGGUCCAAUUGGUUGCUUGCCAUCAUCUGUGAUUAAGCACCCACCGAGUCCCGGAAAUGCAGACCCAAUUGGCUGCAUCGAUUCCUACAACAAAGUGGCUCAAGAAUUUAACAGACAGCUUAAUCAAACUGUCUACAAGCUGAGAACCCAAUUCCCUGAUGCACUGCUCGUCCUUGUCGACAUCUAUUCUGCAAAGUACUCUCUCAUUAGCCAAGCCGAAAAGCACGGGUUUGAAGACCCAUUUGGGUUCUGCUGCGGCCACUUGGGGAAUGAUUACGAGGUUGGGUGUGGAGGGGAGACUAAGUUGAGGAAUGGAACUAUUGUCUAUGGGAUUUCUUGCAAAGAUCCUUCAAGAUACAUUAGCUGGGACAAUGUGCAUUACACUGAAGCUGCAAGCCGAUGGUUGGCUGACUGGGUUGCCAACGGGUCGCUGUCGGAUCCUCCUAUACCCAUAACCGAAGCUUGUGGCAGAGUUGGGAGGUGACUACUCACUAGAUGUACUUGCUACAUAGGAGGUGUAAGAAAAUUGCAUGGGGAGUAUAAAGAAGCCAUCUUUUUAAUUUGCCAAUUGAUGUAGCUUGUGUUUUGAUUGGGGAAAAUAUGGUUUGGUGGUGAAUUUCUUUGAUCCAUUAUUAGAUGAGUGAGGAUGCUAGGUAACAAGUCUCGUACCUCUCACAUACUAAGCGAGCACUCUAUCAUCCGAACUACAUCCUUUCUUGGUUCAUCAUUGGCCUAUUAAUUUCUUUACGUUGUAUGCAAGUUUCUUCGCGAGUACGAUACAGGGGGAGAUGAUUCCGUGAGUAA